AUGACUACUUUCACUGUUAUCAUCAUCGGCGGCAGUAUCGCCGGCCUGACUCUGGCGAAUAUCCUCGAACGCUACAGGAUCGAGUAUAUUGUGCUCGAGAAACACUCCGAAAUUGCCCCUCAACUGGGAGCCAGCGUCGGUCUCCUUCCGCACGGAACCCAAAUCCUUGAUCAGCUCGGUCUGUAUGAGAAAGUUCUCGAACUCAGCGAACCGGUGCGACGCAUGAAAGCGUUUGGUCCAGACGGUACUCUCCUCUCGGAUAGGGACACCUUUGGCGAGGAUCUUGAACAGGUGACUGGCUACCAGCUCAGCUUCCUAGACCGUCGGGAACUUAUCCAAGUCCUGUACGACAAUCUACCCAACAAAUCCAAGGUCCACGUAUCCAAAGAGUUGGCGACAAUUGAGUAUCGCGAUGAUGUCGCGAGAGUGAUGACCAAAGACGGUGCUCUCUACGUCGGCAGCCUAGUUGUCGGCGCCGAUGGUGUACACAGCCAGACUCGGAAUAUGAAAUGCUCCUAUAGAUGUUUGUUUGGAAUCGCCGACCGUGACGAUCGACUGCCAGAGGGAUGUGGAUACAAGUCCUACCAUCAAAAUCGGUCCUAUCUGUGCCAAGCAGGUCGGAGCGAUAAGCUUUACAUCUUUGCAUUUUUCAAAAAUCCUGAAGCCAGGACCAACGAGGCGAUCCCUCGGUACGCUUCGGAGGACCAUGAAGAGAUAAUCAGAAAAUUUGGGAAGGAUAUUAUAUUCCCGGGUCAAAGGCUGAAUGACUUGUACGACCGAUGUCGACAUAGAGCCCUGGUGCCCGUUGAAGAGUAUGUCCUCGAGCGAUGCUUUUACCAGCGAUCGGUUCUGAUUGGAGAUUCUUUGCAUAAGAUAAACCCGAUUACAGCACAAGGUGCCAAUGCAGCUAUAGAGGACGCGGCUUUGCUUGGAGACUUGCUCAAAGAGGCGGUGGACCAGAAUCUUUGUCCCACGACAGCGGCUCUUGAGGCGCAAUUCUCCCGUUUGUUGGAAGAGCGUCGCCCAAAAGCGGAAACGCUGAUUGCACAAGCGCACUCAUUGCAAGGUGUUGAGGCUUUGGAGAACCCAUUCUUGAGAUUCGUUACUCUCUCCGGAGGCGCAGCACGGAUUGUCUACACGUCUGGACACACACUGCGCUAUAUGCCAGAGCCGUCGAAAAAAGGUGAAAUUCCUCGUGACAAAGAGCUUCGCAUCCUGCCAAACAGACGACCUGACAGCUUGACUGCAUUUUGGACAGGAUUGAUGCUGUCGAUGGCUUGCAUCAAUUUCUUCACCUCCGGUUUUGGCAUAGGUGAGGGAAACGAGAACUUGAGCAAUCUCAUAUACUUUGACACAUUGGUCACCGCGUCAGCAGUUAGCAUUCUGUGGACUAUCGAAUCCUGGAGACCCAUGUCACUAAUAGGUCCACUGGCCAGGUAG